CGUAGUUCCGUUAAAAAAAAAAAGAAAAGAAAAGAAAGGUCUUCAAUCCGGCCACGAACGUUGGGGAUGAACAUUGUUUGUUGUUUUGCCUUGUUUUUCUCGUUUUUGUUGCCUCUGAUCCAACAUGGCGGCGCGAGUGAGGACGUUUCUGUCAUUAUUUUCUAUGGCAACGAGAAAAAAAGUGGUAGGAGGCUAGCCCGGCCAAGUUGUCACAUGAUUAGCGACUAAAACCGAGCUGCCCGAUUUCAAUAUGGUGGUUGGCUCGGCAGAGCUACGUAUCUUAUUAAUGAUACUGUCGUCUUGCUGGUUCGGGUCUGGCGGGUGCAGUCAAAACACGUCGCCGCGGGUCCUCGGCCUGCGACUGGAGGAGACCACGGAGCGCGUGUACAUGCGCGACCGAGUCCUGACUGCUGCGCGUGGCUCCAGUUUCAAGCUCCGGUUGUUCAGUUCCUACCCGCUGAAUGAGACUUGGGUCACGUUCGCUAAAGAAGUGGGUGCAAGUGUCGCUGAAGACGCGUGUAGUCAAGAAACACUGCGCAAUGCCUCUGCUUUCCAAGUGCGCGGAAAGUUUGAAGCAGAUAAGGAAAACGGGGACUUAAUUAUAGUCCAAACCGAGGAUAGAAUCAUCUCUGAUCAGGUGAACGAUGACACACAAUCUGUUUCCCACUGCUUGUGUGUAUUCAAUGGGGAAAAGUGGCAGUCAGCGGGGCUGGAUAGGUUCCGUGUAAAAGACCCUGAUCUGCCACCCGAAUGGAUCCCAACAUGGGGUCUAGCCGUAAUUAUCAUACUAGUAGUGCUCAUAUGCUCACUGGUACGAUGCCUGAAUCUCAGUUUGCUUUGUCUGGACCCUCUGGAGCUUUAUGUGCUGCACAGCUGUGGCUCAGAAGAUGAAAGACGGCUGGCGAAGCGCCUGGAGCCAAUUCGGAGGAGAGGAAACUUCCUUGUGUGCUCUCUGCUGUUCUUGUGCGCUUUGGGCCACUCUGUGCUUGGUGUGAUCAUCUACUGUGCCUUCGGAUCCAUCCUUCCAGCUGCAUUUGCAUGUGCUGCACUCAUAUUCCUUGUCACAGAGUUGUUGCCCUAUAUCAUAAGCUCAGGUUAUGGCUUCUAUCUCGCCCCGGGCCUUGUUUGGUUGGCCCAGAGCUUUCUGAUCAUCACAUGCCCCUUGUCUUGCCCCUUAGGACUUUUCCUGGAUUUGGCACUUAGGCGUGAUGUGAGCACUUGUGGAGUGCGUGAGAAGGUGAUGGAGCUGAUCCGGGCAAAUAUUAAUGACCCGUACAAUGAGUUUGUCAAGGAGGAGUUCCGGCGUGGGACACUGAGGAGCAAGACGGUGGAGGACAUCCUGACGCCACUGAAGGACUGCUUCAUGCUUCCCUCCACAGCCGUGCUGGACUUUAACACCAUGUCUGAGAUCAUGCAGAGUGGUUACACCCGCGUGCCUGUUUACGAGGAGGAACGCUCCAACAUUGUGGAGAUCCUGUACAUUAAGGACCUGGCCUUGGUGGACCCUGCCGACUGCACGCCCAUGACCACCAUCACAAAGUUCUACAACCACCCGCUGCAUUUUGUUUUUAAUGACACCAAGCUGGAUGCCAUGCUCGAGGAGUUUAAGAAAGGAAACUCUCAUCUUGCCAUCGUGCAGAGGGUGAAUAAUGAGGGAGAGGGAGACCCUUUCUAUGAGGUGCUCGGCUUGGUCACCCUCGAAGAUGUUAUCGAAGAGAUCAUCAAGUCGGAGAUCCUGGAUGAGUCUGAUGGCUAUAUGAACAUGAAAGUGAAGCGUCCUCUUCCCCCGCUGGAGAUUCCUUUGGAGCCCCGUGGAUCACAGGAGGAGUUCUCUCUCUUUAAGUUGCCUGAAGGCGAGACGAAGAUCCGCACAUCUCCUCAGCUUCUACUUGCGACACACCGCUUUCUCUCCAGAGAAGUGGAGCAUUUCUGCCCACAGCGUGUGUCAGAAAAAGUCUUAUUUCAUCUCUUGCGGCAUCCCAGUGUCAAUCAAGAAGUGAAGUUUGACCCAAACAACAAACUAAGUCCUGACCACUACCUCUACACUCGUAACCACCCAGUGGACUACUUUAUUCUGCUGCUGCAGGGGCGUGUGGAAGUGGAGAUUGGAAAAGAGGGUCUAAAGUUUGAGAACGGAGCCUUCACCUACUAUGGGGUGUCAGCGCUGACAGCACCUUCCUCUGUACAUCAGUCUCCAGUGUCCACACAGCAUCACUCCCUGAGAGACACGUUUGAGCUGGGAGAAGCCACUAGUCCAUCCAGUUACUGUCCUGACUACACGGUCCGAGCCCUCACCGACCUGCAGCUCAUCAGGGUAACCCGCUUGCAGUACCUCAAUGCCUUGAUGGCAUCUCGGGUAUCACAAAGCCCUGGUCCUCCUGAGAUUAAGAUCCUUCCUAACAGCCAGACCAAACUCCUAAAUGAGAAGAACGUCACCCAAGGUACGGAGCUGUGACUGAAGGCACGGACACAAUCAACAUAACAUUUGAGGAUGUGAACGUGUGAGGGCUUGCAGUGGAAUCUUAUGGAUCUCUCAAUUUCUGGGGUUUGCAGGUACAAACAAGACCCUGGAAUGCAAGACUGAUAAAGUAGCUCCAGGCCAGACAAAAGCUGUUUGAUCUAACCGGUUACGGUUGGACCUGGAUUUGAAUUAUUUGCUUAUUCGAUUUUUGCAGUUAUUCUUACUUUUUAUGUAUGAAGUUCCCAGAUUUCAUUCAUCAUUGGUGCUUAUACUGAUUUUGUUUGCUGUGGGUGUGUUGGGUUGGUAUGUGUCUAUGUGGCAUGGUCAUGUGUUAAAGCUUUUGCUCACUUUUUUAAUGUGCCAAUAGACAACUGGGUGUCAACACGGGCAGCAGGAACUGCUCUUUUUUCUUUCUUUCUUUUUUUUUUUUCUUUUUUUUUAAAUCUUAUUUGGGGAUCUCAAUUUUUAUUUUUUCAUAGGUAAAGCUGUCUUUAAAUCUUAAUCUGUCACACUUUACAUCACAAUCUUGCAAAGUGUUCAGCUUCUGUAGUUUUAGUAUAUACAAUCUUUUAGUGUUUAUAUGUGAUUGGUUAUAAGGUGAUGCUGUUAUAGCCCAAAACUUCAUAGAGUAAGUAACACUAUGAAGUUACAAGUUAUUUUUAAAACAAUGACUAUAUAAUGUGGGAAUCAUGUUUUUUGUCUUUAUUGUAAUACAUACAGUCCUCCCAUAAAAUUCGGAGUUUUGUACAUUGUUUGGGGUACAGCUCAACCAGCCAAACAUAGAUUUGGACCAAGACAUUAUCCAACUAAAAAUAGUUGUUUCCUAUUAAUGAAAUGAUGAGGUUUUAUUUUGCAUAUUGAGUUACAAUGUCUAUUGCUUCAGCAGCCAAACUCCAACUAACAGAAGAGACUCAGCAUUACUCUGAAAGUGUUUGUGUACUACAUGGCUCCAAAUCAGCAGGUGGCUUAUCACAAAUUUGUUAAGCAUCAUUUGAAACUGAUGGGAGUUAGUCUUUGAGCGCACAUGCUUGGGCGAAAUUCACUGGAACAAAAAUUAGUAGCAUUUCCUUGGACUGUUUGUUCGUCAUCAAACAAUGCACCCCAUCCUGUAACACUUCCACAGUCUCAGCACUCAAAUCAUCCUUUAAUGAGUUCAUGAUUUUCGUUCAUGUACAUGAGGACCAGAGGGAUUUGUGUGCUUCUGUAUCAUAAAAUUAUUUUAGAUUUUAGAAAAUGUUGGUGACAAAAACAAAUGAUGACUGUUAUGCUGUAAGGGGGAAUUUGGUGACAUGUUUGGGUCUUCUUGUCCUCUUAAAGUUAAGGGUCAUUGCAACUCAAUACAAAGUUCUUCUGACUGAUCACUUUUAUCCUCUAAACAUUUCUAUCCUGAUGGGCUGGGCCUCUUCCAGGAUGACUCUGGCCCUAUCCACAGUGCAUGAGGGCUCACUGAAUGGUUUAAAUGCAGAGUCACCAGAUCUCAAUACCUUAAGGAGAUUUUGGAGCACUGUGUUAUCAGUGCUUGUGCCUCCAAUACACUUUCAGAGACUUGUACAAUGGAUGCCACUGAAUGUGCCUCGUGGUGGCCCAACCUACUAAAAUGCUUUACGUUGGUUCUUCCCAGAAUUUUGCUUCUGUAACCAAUAUUUUAGACUGAACUUUAUCACAUUCCAUGCAACACAAUAGCGAUGUAGUUGGCAGAAUUAUAAAUAUUUCCAUAUUGCUACAAGGACAUGGAAGUGGACUUUAGUCCUUUUUUUACCCCUUGCCUGAAAGUAUUCAUAUGAUGUGCCAUUGUAGUGCUCAGUUACUGUUUAUCUGGGAAUUUAGUUCCAGAUACCAUACUGAUGCUGGAAUGUAAAGGGGUUUUCUGUUGGUUUUGUUUUUUGUGUUUUUUUAAUAUAUAAUUUGCAUUCUCACUUAGUUUGUGUAUAUGUGCUUGGGGAGGGGGGGGAUUGAAUGAGGCAAGAGACUGCUUGUUUUAGGAUUGAGGGACUAUGCUGUUUUUCCUGUCUGACUUUAAAUUGAUUUUAAAUAGUCACAUAACCUAGUUUCCUAUUUUAGGGUAGUUGCUGCAAAUCCAGAAAAAGGUACCUGGUGCAUCAUAUUAAUUUUAUGUCAAAGAUUGAGAAUAAUGCAUACUUACUUAGAGGUAAAUAUUUUUCACCGGUUAAAAUGUCUUGUUCUUUUGAUAAAAUCAGAUUAUAUUACCUUACACACGUUAAUACGUAUAGUAAACUAAAUUCAAGUUCUAGUAUAUUUAUGAGAAGAAAUCCUUUUUCCUCCCCUUUUUUGGAUAGAUGCUGCAGUAUGUUAAUAUAUUUCGUAAUUGUACUAUAUAGAUUGACAAUUGCUGGCAGACAAUUUUGAUUUUUGUUUUUUGUUCAGUUAUAAAAUAAUAGCUGGAUUGUAAUUAGGCAAUUUUUGUAGAAAUUCUAAGCCUCUCUGUAAUAUUGAAUACUGCCCAUGCAUUAAAUGCUCCGAAUCUUCUGUUUUGUUUUUAGUAGGAAAUAAAAACACAUCAGUGUGGAA